AUGGGAAGAGGCAAGAAUCCUCAGAUGCAAGCUCGAGCCGGAAAUUUCAAGAAGAACAAUGCUCCUGGUCAGACAUCUACUGGAAGACAGAAUUAUGCUUGCCCUUCUUGCGGGAAGAACCACACUGGAGUGUGUCGUCGAGCAAAUAACUUGUGCAAUGCUUGUGGACAGUCAGGGCAUUUUGUUUUCGAUUGCCCGCAGAAUCCUAACAAGAACCCUACUCAAGCUCGGGUAUUCACCCUUGACGCCAAUGAAGCUCAGAAAUAUCUGAACCUGAUCAAAGGUAACGUGAUUUUAAAUGGUUAUCCUAUGUCUGUUAUUUUUGAUUCGGGAGCAUCAGGCUCUUUUAUUGCAAAGCACACCGCUCUAAGAAUAGGCAUUACCCCGGCUCCAUUGCCCUACGAGUUGAGCAUCAGUACUCCUACUGGAGGGUCUUGUACAGCCUCAGAGAUCUGCUGA